AGGAUGAUCCAAUUGAUGCAUGUUCAAAUAAUAGUAGUGUUACCUUUUCGAAAUCCAGGAAUUGCCAAUUCAUUUUCCUUUAUUAUUAUUUUUUUCAAGACUCACACUAUCCAAAUUUUAGGGUUUGUCCACCUAAUCAUUGGGUCCGACACUGAUGGUUCCCUCAAACGAAAGAAAACAAAAAUAUAUAUGCUCAUAUGAGUCUGACGACGUUUGCACAAAUACAAAUAAAUCGAAUUGUUGAACGAGGUUUAAUUAUAAAAAAUCUUACUAAGAAACCAAAAACCAUGCAUUAAUGUACUUAAACAGAGACUCUGGGUGUUGUUGCUCACUUUUGGAUUCUGGAUGUGAGGAAAAGUGGGACGUCGAACGAUUUGCUGCGCCUGAAGAGCUGAAACGUCUCGCCGAUGAAGGGCAGCCCCAUGGAACCUGGAGGGAGAGUGCCCUUAUCGCAUUUUGGGUUCCUCCAUCUGUACACCCACUGCCCUACAGCUACGACCACCCACCCUAGAACUAUACACACUAAUUCAGUUACCCACAUCUCUUUCUUUUAACUCUCUUCCCCUUUUUGUGUUAUUUGAAAUGAGAUGAGCGAGAUGAUCAUAUUCUUGCAUAUUAUGCCUCUAUUUAUAAAGGAUACCCGAGUUCAAAAGUCAGCCAUAGUUUGAUACAUUUUGCAAAUAAUAUAUGGCAGAUUCCAUACGCCGGCGGCCGGUAUAAUUAGUAAUGUACGUAAGGUUAGUUGGGCCGGUCAUUGUUUUGAUCACUGUGUGAGAAUUAUAAUGAUAUAUGGCUGGAGUGGAUUGGAAGGUGAGGGCAUCAGGAUUCGAAAGCCGCCGCCGUGUCCAUAAGUAUUAGAUACAUACGAUACGAUGUGCUUUUUAAUGGAGGGCAUCAGAAUUCGAAUAGAAGAUUUCUCAAUUAUAAUGGUGAAUUCUACCAACAGCGAAUCAUGAGCGGGCAAACUCCGUUUGACAUGCAAGUGGAAUGAUAUCCCUACAAUACUAUAGACAGGUUCUUGACCAGAACCCCCUUAACCUCUCUUUUCCUGCGCUCUGUGCGCAAUCCACAGAAGGAGACUUUUGUAAAUUGCUUCUCCUCCCUCAAAGCCCAUUAGAGCUCCUAUGGUUCCGAAUAUCCUAUGUCAAUCUGCCUGCCUUUCACGUCCCAGAGAAUUAAUAAAUUAUUCCGGGGAAGGUAAUUAAACGGCGCCACUAGAUACUAAUAAUUAUGUGGGCUCAAUUAAUAAACAUACAAAUUCCAGCAUUAUGUGGGGCCUUUUUUUACGGGCUGCAAGCCACCAGAGACUCAUAAUUAUAUGGGCUCCAUUAAUAAACAUACAAAAAAAAAAAUAACAUUACAACAUACAUAUCAACAAUACAAAAGUCAAUAACUUUGACAAAACGAAAAAACAAUACAAAAGUCAAUAUCAUUUUAAUUUGUUAACCAAGGAAAAAAAUUAUAUCCUGUACGCAUAAAUUUUUUGACCAAAUAUUAUCUCAAUUGCAGAUAUUUUAUAGAUUCAGGAUUCAGCUACGAGAUGUAUACAACAUUGCGCGCCACUAGAUACUAAUAAUUAUGUGGGCUCAAUUAAUAAACAUAGAAAUUUCAGCAUUAUGUGGGGCCUUUUUUUUACGGGCUGCAAGCCACCAGAGACUCAUAAUUAUAUGGGCUCAAUUAAUAAAUAUACAAAAAAUAAAAACCUUACAACAUACAUAUCAACAAUAUAAAAGUCAAUAACUUUGACAAAACGAAAAAACAAUACAAAAGUCAAUAUCAUUUUAAUUUGUUAACCAAGGAAAAAAAUUAUAUCCUGUACGCAUAAAUUUUUUGACCAAAUAUUAUCUCAAUUGCAUAUAUUUUAUAGAUUCAGGAUUCAGCUGCGAGAUGUAUACAACAUUAUUGAAUCUAACUUCGUUGUUCUGAAUCACGAGAGAGCUAGGUUUUUUAACACCUAAUAAGAAAUUACUCAAAAUAGUGACAAAAUGAGAGAAGUUUCACCACCUCAUCCCCUACGGACUGAUGAAAUGAAGUUGAAUUUUUAUAUCAAGUUCAUCGAUUACAACAUUGUGAACCCCAUAAAUGGGCACAAGGUUUUGAAGAAAAUGAAGGUGACAAAGAGUUAUAUUAGACAAAGUUCAUUACAUGCACUGGGUAUAUUUAAGUUAUUGAAAAUGGAGUUUCACAAUUAUAAACAUCUUGCCACUAAAUUUUUGCAUUAAGAGAAAUGCAUGAUAACAAUGAAAAGAGUAUGAUAAU